AAGGGCCCGCGGUUCGUCGGUGUCCAUAUGUAGCGCAUAUGUAUAGUUAAAAUGAGCGACAUCCGCGAUCAUUCGCGAUUUCGGACGCACAGCAAUUCCCCCAAAACGAAUGAGUAGCCAGGCCUGACGCUGCAAAGCUAAAGGUCCCUGGCUUGUUAGCUGCUAAGUUUGCUAAGCUAGCUCCAAGUUAGCUUGAACACUUGAGCCUCCGCGCCGGUUCACGGCUCAUAAACGCCGCGACGGGCCCGAAGUAUUCGGGGAAGAUGCCGUACGAGGUCUUGGUUUUGAUGACCGUCCGGAGGAGUUUGUAGUUCACUGUUGUGAGCUGGACGUGCUCGCAGGCCGAGGUUAGCUGGCUGGCUAACUGGCUAUCUCGCUAACUUCCAGCCAGCCAUGGAGACGCGUCUUCACUCGAGCGAUAAGUUGUUUUUAGCGGUGCGAUACUGAAGCAUGAAUGUGAGAUAGUAACUUAGUUAUGCUGAAAAACUUGGGUAGCCGCUGUUGGUUAGUUGAGCUUUCCCGUUCCACCUUAAACGAUGCACCGCUUAAGGGGGAGCAGGAAAUUCUAACAAGAAGUCGGACUCAGCCUCGUGGUGUUGGCCAAGUGUUUGUUUUCUCGGGGGUUAUGUUUCAAGAUGUUGAGUAACACCGAGUCCAAUAAGUGGCAGACCAUUGGCUGGUGUGAUUGAACGGGCACGCGUGACGUUUCCACCCUGUUUUUGUCCAGACGCGACUCCCAAGUUCCCCACCGUGGAUAUGUGAGAGUCCAUAUGCAGUGAUGUGAUCUGCCAGCCUCGUACAGCCAGUAUCCCCUCUCUCUCCUCCUGGCAGACAGUGCUAUGCCUCUGGAGGAGAGACCUGAACCCACUGCUAAAAAUGCAGAUAGGGAGCAAAGGGACAUGGCCAACAGGACCAGCAGGGGGGAACAGCCGGUUGCUGGACCCUCAAACACACCACAGCGGCAGGGCUUCUGCAGCUGCUGUCAGGUCCUCUAUAACAGUGUGGAACAGCACAUCCUGAGCGCUAGGCACAGGGAGGUGGUGCGGGCUGCAAGAGCAAAUGUGUCCUCUGGAAGCCUGAUGGAGAGAUUCCUCCAGGAUGUGCUUCAACACCAUCCUCAUCGUUACAAUGACACACGGCCUACCCAUGAUGACUUGCCUAGCCUGAGCACAUUACCAGUUCCAAGGGAAGUGUUGUCAGAGUUGUACUGUGGGUCAGAUGAUGAUGGGGCCUCUGUUGGGACCCGAGAGGAGAUGCCCAGCUCUGACGAAGAAUCCUGUCAAAUGGUGCAGGCCGAGGCCACAACUACAACCAGGAAUCAGAGUCAACAUCAAGCAGGCACUUCUAUACCUGUUGGCAGUGGUGCAGGAACGAGUGCACAAACUGGUCUUGAAACAAGGAAAACAAGGAUGGAACCCCCAAUCCCUGAAAAGUUUUCCCCCACACAGGGAUUAUUGCAUAGGACUAGUGGCAGGUCUGCCAUAGACAAACCACAUGCAUUAUCACACUUGGCACAAACAGUUAAACCAGAGAGUCCCCCGACUGAACCAUCCGGACAACAAUGUAGCUCAAAACCUCUCCUUCACACCCAGCCAGGGUCCCCACAGUUUCAGCACAGGAAAGCACACAGGAAAACUAACAGGCAUAGAGAGAGGAGUGAUUCCAGCCCAGGUUCUCGUGCUUCACCAGCCACAAAGUGCAUUACCUCAAAAGGACAGCCUGGACCCUCACGGACAAUUGAGGAGUCUGCAUUAUGGACUGCAGUGCUGCCACCCUGGAAGGGUCCACAUAGGGUGCAGACAUUUAGUGAGCAAUCAGACCAGAUACGAGAGGUGAUAGAAGAGGUUAUUGAGAGGUACUGCUAUGGUCGCAGUCCCAAACCUAAUCAGCAAGAGGAAGAGAGCAGUUUUCACCUCAGCUUGCAGUCAAUAAGUGAGUCUAAGGACAGUGAAGAAUGGGACAAUACUUUGCAGGUAGCAAUGGAGAAAACAACAGCUGAGGACAAACAUCUGGCAUGCCUUAUGGAGGUGCAUGUAAACCUUGAGGACCAAGGGUACAAAACCCAGCUGGACACAGCCCUCAACACUGUAUUAGAAAGUGGGCAAACAGAGCCUGGGGAAACCAAAGAGAGCAAAGUAGAGGAGAUCGUUCCAGAUCUUCCUCACGUACCGCAGUCUUUUGUAGGAAAGACAUGGGCACAGGUGAAGUUUGAGGAUGACUUGAAGAUAGAUUGCAUGGUGCAAGAGUUCAGACAGGGUCGCUUCCGUUGUUAUUUUGACAGUGAAUCCCUGGCUGCUUUUGGAAAGCAUUGCAGGAAAAGGAAAAAGAACAGAAACCAGGAGAAAAAGGCUGAUGAUGCUGAUUGUAAAGAUGCUAUACCUCUUAUUGAGCACCAUGAGGAGGAGCCAGAACACCCACCUCUGUUGAAGAAGACAAGGCGACGUAUAUACAGGAUGGCGUCACGCUGCCAAGUGGUGAAGGUGAGCCAUGGUACGCAAACUACAUCCCCAAGCUGUCCUGUGGUGCGGAGAAAAACAUUGCCUGAAGUUGGCACCUUACUCAGUGACCCUGUGACUCAGAAGGAACCAAGCCCUGAGAGGACCCCAGACAUGAAGACGAGACUAUGUGCACUCAAGCUUCCUGCAUCUUACUGCAGGAUUAUGACUCCUCUUCAGCCCAAAACAGUGGUUUAUGUUCUUUCUUCCCCAGACGGAGGACAGGGUACCUUCAAGCCCACUCCAAUUAAAAGAAUGGGAAGAAAACGGAAGUCAAGUGAUGAAGAAUGUGCACUUAAAUACAAGUACAAGAAGACCCCUCUCAAAUAUUAUGACCCCCUUACAAACAGAAUCCUCAAAACUCCACCUAAAGGGAUGUCCUCAAUGCCACGUACUAAAUCUCUCUCCCAUGUACGACAAUUAUUUCGCAGCCUCAGUCCAGACAUCAACAAGGAACGCUACAGUUCAGCACGGGGUCGGUCACCCAGAGGCUCUAAAAAGGGCCGUGGUGACGGCAGCAUGGCAGAUCUUUGUGCUUCUACCUCUGGGUCUUGCCUGGAUAGCGGCGGCCCGUCAGAACCUGACUCUUCCAUGUCUAGCAGCCGAAGGGCCUUGUUCAGCCGGUCCUCGAUUUCCAGCAGCAGUCGUUUCCUCCUCAGCCAUCUUAUGCCCCCUGCCUCUCACGCAGACAGCUCCUCCAGAACACAGGCCCCUUCUCAUGCUGGUGGUUCCCUCAAGGCUGCAGGGGCCAACCUGGAAGAAGACCAGGCACAGGUGGAACAUGCACCAGUCAGGCGUCGGUCGCAGAGGCAGGGAGUCAAAGAGAAACCCCUGACUCCGGCAAAGAAGCCGUCGUCACCCCCUUACAGAACCAAGAGGAAGUCUGUGAAAGCCAGGUCCAGGGCAAAGUCUAGGAGCCCUCUCCAGCGGAGAGUCAGCGCCCGUGUAGCUGCGGGAGGCAGAGUGUCUCCCCGAAACAAGAAUUCAACCAGGGCUUCACCCAGAUCAUCAGCCUCUUCUAAACUGGCUACGUAACCCCCAACCUGACCCCCGACUAAAACACAGACUGAAUCCCUAUAGCACCCUUUGGGACAGAGUCUGCAGGAGAAUGGCCAUGGUGUGUAGAGAGAAUUAAAGGGGAAUUUAAAUGAUUUUUCAAAAUGUUUACAUAAUUAAAUACAAUUAAAAGAUCUAAGUAAAGUCAUUCAAGUUGGUUUGAUGUAAAAUGAAACUCUGAGUUGCUCAGAGCGGUGAUGAUAUGAACCGGACCUCGGAAGCAUUUAAUGGCUUGAAAAGCUACCUCACAAAGAUGUUACACUAAAUGGAUACAAAAACAAACAAAAUACAAACAAAUUUGUAAAAUCCAAUCAUGGUGGGGAGGUACAUGCAGGGCAUGCUGA